GGCGUGGCGCUCGGGCCAGAGGUGUGUGUUGGGAUUUCAGUUGCUUCUAGGCGGUUCUGGUCUCGGCUGGGACUUCAGUUGGCACAAGUGCUUCCCUGUGCCGGGUGUCAUGAAAGGGCUGCUGUCGAGAUGCAGAGCACUGCCCGCCCUGGCCACCUGCAGCCACCAGCUCUCUGGGUACGUUCCUCACAGCUUUUACCACCGUGACCCAGAGAGAGGGAAGCGCUUGGUGCUGUCGCGCAUGUUCCAGCCCCAGAAUCUUCGGGAAGACCAGGUGCUCUCUCCUGAGGGCAGAUCUGGCGACCUGACCUGUAAGAGCCAGCGGCUGAUGCUACAGGUAGGCCUGAUCCACCUGGCAAGCCCUGGCUGUUACCACCUCCUGCCUUAUACCGUGCGGGCCAUGGAGAAGCUCGAGCGAGUGAUAGACCAGGAGAUGCAGGCCAUCGGGGGGCAGAAGCUCAACAUGCCUAGCCUCAGCCCAGCAGAGCUCUGGCGUGCCACCAAGCGGUGGGACUUGAUGGGCAAGGAGCUGCUGAGACUUCGAGACAGACACGGCAAGGAGUACUGCUUAGGACCAACUCAUGAGGAAGCUGUCACAGCCCUGGUUGCCUCCCAGAAGACCCUGUCCUACAAGCAGCUUCCGCUCCUGCUGUACCAGGUGACGAGGAAGUUUCGGGACGAGCCCAGACCCCGCUUUGGUCUCCUCCGUGGCCGGGAGUUUUACAUGAAGGACAUGUACACCUUUGACGCCUCCCCAGAGGCCGCCCUGCAGACCUACGGCCUGGUGUGCGGGGCCUACAGCAGCCUGUUCCACAGGCUGGGGCUGCAGUGCGUCAGGGUCCAGGCAGACGUGGGCAGCAUCGGGGGCACGGUGUCUCACGAGUUCCAGCUGCCGGCCGAGGUCGGGGAGGACCGCUUUGCUGUCUGUCCCAGCUGUGGCUUCUCGGCCAACGUGGAGACACUGCGCUCAACGCAGACCAGCUGCCCUUCCUGCCGGGGCCCACUGACGGAAAGCAGAGGCAUUGAGGUGGGGCACACGUUUUACCUGGGCACCAAGUACUCCUCCGUUUUCAGCGCCCAGUUUACCAACGCCCACGGCAAACCGUGCCUGGCCGAGAUGGGCUGCUACGGCCUGGGUGUGACACGGAUAUUGGCUGCCGCCAUUGAGGUACUGUCCACGGAAGACUGUGUGCGCUGGCCCGGCCUCCUGGCGCCUUACCAUGUGUGCCUCAUCCCCCCGAAGAAGGGCAGUAAGGAGGAGGCGGCCACCGAGCUCACGGGCAACCUGUAUGACCACCUCACGGAGGCAGUGCCGCAGCUCCGCGGGGAGGUCCUGCUCGAUGACAGGACCCAUCUGACCAUUGGAAACAGACUGAAAGAUGCCAACAAGUUUGGGUACCCCUUUGUGAUCAUCGCCGGCAAGAGGGCCCUGGAGGACCCUGCCCAUUUUGAGGUCCGCUGCCAGAACACCGGUGAGGUGGUCUUCCUCACCAGAGAAGGAGUCACGGAAUUUCUGAGCCAAGUGCAGGUCGUCUGAACACCCCCAAGCUCCCACCCCCACCCCAUCCUGCAGCCUUGGUGUUCAUUCAUUCUCACGCUGCCUUUUCCCACACUCCGUCCCAGGGCCGGUCUCUCCGGAUACAAGGCAGCUCAUGGAAGGGGGAGUGUGUCAGGGAAACUGACUGUUAAUCCAGUCCUUUGUUCCUACUCUUCGUAUUUGAAGGUGGUGAUUCCAUUCCCUGGACUGGCAGUGCUGCCACAAGGCAUUCCUCUUAUUCUCCUUGGUGGAGGCUUGUGUGCUAGGAGGCAGAGGGGCAAGAAAGAGCUGCUUGUCCUGGCCCUCACGCCAGUCACUUCCCUUCUCUGCCAAGUUUCCCACGUGGAGGAUGCAAGUGGCUGGUGGCCAAGGCCCUCCAGGGUCCAGCACUCUGACCCCGACGCCUCUUGCUGCAUUUAUUCUGGAGAGCAGGCCCACCAGCCUUCUACCACUGGGACAUGUCCCCCUCCCCUGCUGGGGCCUCAGUUUCCCCAUCUGUGACAUGAGAAAAUGAAACUAGAUCUGUGAAAUUCAUAAGCUGUCACUGGGUGGUUCCACAAGAGGUUCAUGGCGGGCAAAUCUGGGUUCUCUGACCCCCUGUAGUCUAAGCUGCACAGAGAGUUGAUAGAAUUAGCUAAUGGCCCCAAACCACCUCCAGAGACCUGGCUCCAUUAGAGUGGCUUAGGGUGGAGAUGGUGUUCUCUUGAUUGAAUAGGCCACCGGGCUGAGCCUCGCAUGGUCAUUUGGAAAAGUGGUAAUGCUGCCAUUUUAACUGCAGCAUUUUCCUAUCUGACACUCUUCUUUCUCUUUUUUCCCUACUAUGUCUACAGUCUACUCACAAACACAUAAACCCCACCUUUGGAGGCUGAGAAUAUGUUUUAAACCAUUUCUCCCCACAAAUGUAGGGGUAGCAGGCGUCAGGCACCAUGGUGAGCUUGUCUUGGAUCGAGUUGGAUCCUAGAGCCACACCAGGGGUGCAUAUUGAGAUCUCUGCCCAUAAUCUUUGGAAAACUGGGAGCAGUCUUGAGCCACCACGGCAGUGCCACCUGCUUUCACUUCUCCUGCACAUCAGAUUAUGGUCUCCACACGUCCAAAGCUAACAAGAUUCUGUCACAGUCCAGCUCAGAGCCACCACCUCCAGAAGUGUUUUGCCCUCUGCCUCCCCCACACUCUCCCAUUCAGCACUGAUGACAUUGGUUCUUGUUUGCAGUACACAGAGCUCUUUGUUCCGUGCACCCUCCUCUUGUGGUUGACGGUCAGCUCCCCAAGGUCACGGUCCUGGUCGGAUUCCUACUGUACUGUACUUCUUGUUUUGGCCAGUUGUUCCAUCUGCCAAACAGCUCCCCCAGCAGUGCGUUCCCACUGUUGCUUGUCACUGCUCAAGUAACCCACGCCCCAGCACACACCAUCAGGUUUCCUAAUUACUGUUCAUGCCCAGCCCUGAUGGGCCCCUAGGCCAGGAGACGUGCGUUCUGAGAGCAAAUCUAGAAAGGCUGGAUUAGAAGUCAGAGGACUCUACCCUUGGCUGCACUCUGGAACUGCCUAGGUCCCACCCAGAGGUUCUGGGUAGGGUCUGGGGUAUGGCCUAGGCAUCCUGCAUUUUAACACUCCAUAGAUCAUUCUAAUGCACACAGUCAUUCAGGGCUCCCAGUGUACUUACGGGCAGCCACCAUCUCUGAGCCACUUUGUAGCUCAGCAUUUCUUAGACUCAUUUCCUUUGUAUGUUGUCAGACCAACAUGAGCUCUCUGCAUGUACUGGUCUGGUCAUUUAUUUAAGGGCCUGCCGUGCACCAGUGUGCUGUGAGGCACUUUUAUGUGCCACUUUCACACCAGAAACCAUCCAAGGUGGAUGCUGUUCUCCUUUAACAGAUGUUGAACCUGAAGCUUCAUCUCAGCAACUUGCUCAGGGAUGCACAGCUAUUAAGGGUCAGAGCUAGAAUCUGAGUAUUGAUGAAACCCUUGCCAUUCCUGCUGUUAACUACAUGGCCUCUGCCUAGACAGAAGUGACUUCAGGAAAUAAAACUGAAUUAUCUGUCUUUCUAAUCAUGUUAGCCCAAAAUAGGUGAGAAAGUAGUAUUCGUGUGAAUUGGGGCUUAGUUUUUUUAAAACUUAAUUCUUACUGAAGUAUAGUUGAUCCACAAUGUUACAUCAGUUUCAAGUGUAUGGCAUAGUGAUUCAAUACCUAUACGUGAAGCUGUGCUCACCACAAGUGUAGCUACGUCUGUAACAGCACAGGAUGUAUUAUCAUUGCUCAUUCCUUGGGGAGAUCUAGAAGCAACUGACUGGGAAAUAUUUAGCAGAAUUAAUACUUGGGGACAAAAGCUGGUGCAUAACAAAACCAUUGUGUAAAUCUAGGACCCCAUUAAUAUUCUGUGUUUUCAUGGAAGAAACACCUGCUGGGCUAUCAAUAAAGGUGCUUUGCAGAAA